AUGGACCUGUCUGUAGACGUCGUUAUGAGAACAUGCGGGAGAACAAGCUAUAUACUAGUUACGGAAGUUCCUACUUACCAACCUCAUAAAGCUUCUCCAUCAACGUCAUCGGUUAACAUCCACCUGCUUUCUCUCUUCGUGCCCCUCGUGCGCAAGGGGAUGACGAAGAAGGUAGUCACGCUCACAUCCGGCGGUGCGGAUAUUGAAUUCAUCUCGCGCUAUGAGAUCACGUCGCAGAUGCCCUAUGCAGUGUCCAAGGCGGCAAUGAAUGCUGCUACGGGCGAAGUUCAGCGCGCAGUAUCGGAAUGA